GCUCGGGGCAGGAAGCAUGGCCACAAGGCGAAUUGCACAGGACGCUCUUGAUGCUGUGUUACAAGAAAAGGCUAAGCGGUACCACGUGGACACCAGCGGGGAGGCGGUGGGCGACACUCUUCAGUUCAAAGCUCAAGAUCUCUUAAGGACAGUUCCAAGAGCCCGAGCCGACAUGUAUGAGGACACUCCCAGCGACGGCAGGUACUCGCUCGGCGGCACCGCAGCUCACUCUCGAGAUGCUGGCCGAGAAGGCCUGAGAGGUGACGCACUUCCGGGACCCUCCUUCCGGUCCAGCAACCCUCCUGGUGACGACAGCUACUUUCGCAAAGAGGGCAGCCGGAGUCUGGAAUUUGCCCACUCUGACUCCCGGGACCAGGCCUUCGGCCACCGGAAAUUGGGACAUUUCCAGUCCCAGGACUGGAAGCUUGCACUUUGUGGCUCUUUAGAGCAAGACCUUGGCCAUGCAGUUGCUCAAGAGUUGUGGUCACAGGAGUACAGUUUUGGUCCUGCCGUGUUGGGGGACUUGGCGAAAGAGAGUGUGGAGAAGGAGAGCCGGGAGUGUGACACGGACCUCCCAGGGGAGACCAGCUCUGUGCCCAGGGGCAGUGGGCAGGCCCAGGCCAGAGGCCAGGACAGCGCCCUCCUUGGAAAGGGGGACACACAGGGCCUGCUCACGGCAAAGGGUGGUGUUGGGAAGCUUGUGGCACUGAAAAACGUGGCCACGAAGAAACUUCCCACUGUAAAUCGUCUUACUAACAAAACUCAGGGCAUCAACCUUCUGCAGAAGAGCGCCCCAAGUCCUGAUGUGAGCCUGGGCCUGAGCCCCAGGACGGAGGAUGUCCCCUUCCCCACCCCGAAGAUCCCUCUGGGGCUGGAGCUGAAGAACAUCCGCUUCCCCCGGAGAAAGGUGAGCUUCGACCUCGUGGACAAGUGCGAUGUCUUCUCCAGGUUUGGGGUGGAGAUCAUCAAGUGGGCGGGAUUCCACGCCGUCAAGGACGACGCCAGGUUCUCCCAGCUCUUCCAGACACUCUUCGAGCUGGAAACCGAGACCUGCGCGAAGAUGCUUGCCUCCUUCAAAUGCUCCUUAAAACCUGAGCACAGAGAUUUUUGCUUUUUUACCAUCAAAUUCUUAAAGCACUCGGCCUUGAAAACGCCCCGAGUCGACAAUGAGUUUUUAAACAUGCUCUUAGACAAAGGUGCUGUGAAGACCAAAAACUGCUUCUUUGAGGUCAUCAAGCCGUUCGACAAGUACAUGAUGCGGCUGCAGGACCGGCUCCUGAAGAGCGCCACGCCGCUGCUCAUGGCCUGCAACGCCUACGAGCUGAGCGUCAAGAUGAGGACGCUCACCUCGCCACUCGACCUGGCCGUGGCCCUGGAGACCACCAACUCGCUGUGCCGCAAGUCACUGGCCCUGCUGGGCCAGACCUUCGCCUUGGCCUCCUCCUUCCGUCAGGAGAAGAUCCUGGACGCUGUUGGCCUCCAGGACGUCGCACCCUCUCCCGCCUGCUUCCCGAACUUCGAGGACUCCACUCUGUUUGGCAGAGAGUACAUCGACCACCUGAAGGCCUGGCUGCUCGCCAGUGGGUACCCACUGCAGGUCAGGAGGGCCACCCCACAGCCUAUGCACGGCCAGGGCACCACGAGUCCCCGUGACAAGCCCGGGCUGCCACGUGACGCAGUCCCCCAGCGAGCAGACCAUAGGGUGGUGGACACCAUCGAGCAGCUUGUCACACGCAUCUUGGAAGGCAACCUGUCUCCCAAAGAGAGAGCCGUUCUCAAGGAGGAGCCUGCUUACUGGUUCCUGGCUGACGAGGACAGUCUGGAGUAUAAGUACUACAAGCUGAAGCUGGCAGAGGCGCAGCGCAAGGGCCCAAGCGCUCCCGGACCUGAGCGGCCACCUACCUCAGCCGAGUGCGCCAUGCGGGCCCUGCUGUACGCGCGGGCUGUCCACAGCCUCAAGAAGAGGCUCCUCCCGGGACGACGCCGGCUGCUCCGCGCCCAGGGCCUGCGGGGCUGGAAGGCCAGGCGAGCCACCACCGGCACCCAGACACUGCUGUCCACAGCCACUAAGCUCAGGUCCCAGGGCCGGCAGGCUCUAGGCUCCUCUCAGGCCAAGCCGUCCUUGUCAGGCAGGAGUGAUGUCAACAGGAAUGACCCGCCAGGACCCAGACCAGAAGCCUCAGGCCCCACCCCCAGGCCAGGAGCAGACAUCCUGGAGGCCCUGCCAACCUCCUCUCCCUGCCUGUCCACUGAUGUUGACAUGAAGACCAUGGAGACUGCAGAGAAGCUGGCCAGGUUUGUCGCUCAGGUGGGGCCCGAGAUUGAGCAGUUCAGCAUAGAGAACAGCACGGAUAACCCCGAUCUCUGGUUUCUCCACGACCAAAACAGUUCUGCUUUCAAGUUCUACCGCGAGAAAGUGCUGGAGCUGUGCCCAUCCAUCUCCUUCUCGCCAUCCCCUCUCUCCCUGCACGCCAGUGGCGAGGGUGGGGACACGCAGAAGAGCCCCCCAGACCUCGUGGAAGGGGAGGGGGUGUUGGACGAUGAGACCCCUCAGCCCAAGGUUGUGCUGGAGAGCCCAGACCUGGUACCCGAGGAGGACGAGGAGGAAGACGAGGAAGAUGAGGGGGCAGAGGAGGCCCCCGCUCACGGCGCCUGCAGGCCAGAAGCAGGAGCCAGCAAGAGUGAGGGCACCGAGGGCCUCCCUGGUGAAGGUGCCGAGGCUGGGCCAGCGGGAGCUCUUGGCCCUCCACAGGCCACCACGGGCACCUGCCCACCCCGGAAGAGGACGAGUAGCAAGUCUCUGAAGGUUGGCGUGAUCCCAGCACCCAAGAGGGCGUGCCUCGUCCCCGAGCCAGAAGUGCACGAGCCAGUGCGAAUCGCCUAUGACAGGCCUCGGGGCCGUCCGGUGGCCAAGAAGAAGAAGCCAAAGGAUCUGGACUUUGUCCAGCAGAAGCUGACCGACAAGAACCUGGGCUUCCAGAUGCUGCAGAAGAUGGGCUGGAAGGAGGGUCACGGCCUGGGCUCCUGCGGGAAGGGCAUCCGCGAGCCCGUCAGAAAAGCAAAGGAUCUGGACUUUGUCCAGCAGAAGCUGACCGACAAGAACCUGGGCUUCCAGAUGCUGCAGAAGAUGGGCUGGAAGGAGGGUCACGGCCUGGGCUCCUGCGGAAGGGCAUCCGCGAGCCCGUCAGCGGUGUACGGCAUGGGCCUGUGGGCGGGGGUGCGCUUUAAGCCAGAACACAGCUCCCUGGCUCCCUUGGGUGGAGGACGCAUGGCCAGAUGCCACAAACACGAGCAAAUAUGCUGCUACACAGUGAGUGGCCCUCGCCUCUGUCAAGCGAGCCAGCAAGUAGGGCCUCCAGGACAACGGCUCGCCGGCCCCUCAGGGUGCUCGCUGCCCACCCGCAUCCACACUGCAGGCCACGGAGAGCGGCUCUGGCCCGGGCCCUGCCUUGGCCGGCGUAACCUAGAAGACAUUGGUGACGCUGCUGCGUGGGGCUUUGUUUUGUUUCUGAGAAGUUGUGAGCGUUGUCAGCCAUGUAGCCGUUGCAAUAAACGUAGAGGAAAGCGCUCUGCCUGUGACCAUGUCCUGUCGCACAGGGACAGGCGCUGGGCCCAAGGUGGCGAUCCCUCGUCCUGCCUCCCUCGGAGCAGCUGCCACCCGGGUUGUGUCUGGUUUGGGUUCCGUCUUGUGAAGAAGCCAUCCGCGUGGGCUGCUCACCUGCACGCUGACCACCCAAGGCUGUGGGCCUGUGAAGCCGGGGCGGAGGGUGGGGGCCUCCAGCCUCCGGCCAGCCUGGAUUCCAGCUUGCAGGGAAAUUACACCUUCUGGACGGAAGAAGUCCUUCCCAGGCCACAGAGGGGAAACAGGCCUGAGGUCAGGGCUGGAGACCCGUCCUGCCCACCCAGGACCUUCACGAGGCUGGGAAUGGGAAACGGGAGGUCGGUGUGUGGUUGGGGGCUGUGUCAGCUUCCUGAUGCCCACAGGGACCUGCCCAGGACGGGCAGAGAGGCUCAGGGGUCAGGUGGCUGUCCUGUGUAUUUGGGAUGCUUGGUGAGGGCCAGCCUGGAACAGUGAGGGCCAGCCACAGCCGGAGUCCUGCUCCUGCCCCCACAAUGCUACCCACUGUCAGGCCAUCGUAUGGGCCUGGAGAGGGGACAGGCUCGCAUCCAGAUUGCACAGUGAGCCAUGCCCCUUGACCCUGCUCAGGCCGCUCUGUCGCAGAUGGCGGGACCUCAGUUUCUCUGCAUGGGGCACAGGCAGCACCUGUCCCAAGCUCACUUCCAGCUCAACCCUGGGUGUACAGCUGGGCUGACGCGAAGAACUGAACUCCUCCCACUCCUGCGUGGAGAGGCUGUCCCGUGCCCAGUCACAGCCCUGGGCCUCCCAUGAGCCCCUGUCCCGCAGGUCACAUCGGCUGGACUCAACAGGGUUGGGCUGUCUUCUGGGGCGUGGGUCUCACCUGGGAACCCCAUGUCGCACAGCAUCCUGAUGCCCAUCCUGUGGGGACCAGGUCCCCACCGAGGUGAGCCCUGGCUCAGCAUGAUGGUGACCUCGAGCAAGCCACGUGCAGUCUGCGCUGGACAGGAGGGGCCGGCACCAGCAGCUUAGUCCCGUGGCGCUAUUGGCCACUGAGGAGCUGGGAUGGCGUGUGGGGCCCCGGGGCACUGCAGGUCACCUUCCGUGGAAGGAUGAAGUCAGGCAACCUUCCUGUGGUGGCCUGUGUGGGGACCGGCUCUCCUCUCUCCUGACCUCGGGAGGUCAGCUCAACACCUCAGUGUCCAGUUAGUAAUGGUGAUGUUAGCGUGAGUGACUUGG